AUGAGUACCUACGACCCGGAACACUACCGGCCUAUGAUUGACGCUAUCCUCAGUGUCGCCGACCUAGAAGAAAUCACAGUGAAGAGGAUCAGAAAUGCUCUCCAAGAGCUAUUCGCCGUGGACUUGCUUCCCCACAAGAAAGAGAUGAACAACUACAUUCUACAACGGUACUACAAGCUCCUAGACGAGAAGGAUAAUAAGAAGGACGAUGUGGAAAAGAAGGAGAGGGAGUAUCAGGACCAUCUCCUUGCGCAGAAGUUGCUGCGGUCCGAGAAUAAUAGACCAUUGACCCGGCGGGGUGGCUCUUCCAAGGUGGUCAAAAAGAAGGUUUCAAAAAGAACAGGCAAAACUCCCAAUACGGCCUUCAAUCAGGAGCUUGUGCUCUCUCCGCAGCUUCAGGAAGUUGUCAAGAGUGAGCGGUUGAGCCGGCCGCAGGUUGUCAAGCAGAUGUGGGCGUACAUCAAGGCAAAUAAUCUUCAAGACCAGCUGGACAAGCGAAAGAUUCAUUGUGACGAAAAGUUGAAAAACGUGUUCAAAAAGCUGCUGGUAGGCAUGUUUGAGAUGAACAAGAUUCUUGGCGACCACUUCAUCAAGGACGACGAACUUUUGAACGGCCAAAAGGAGGACACCGUAAGCACUAGCGAGGAGGAGGUAAAGCCCAACCUAAAACGGGAGGUAAUUUCGGACGAUAGCGAGAUCAGCGAUGUCGACGACUAG